GAUAAUGUUGUUUUUAUAAGAUCAUUACCACAUGAUGACUGUUCCUUUGAUAAUGUAAUGUCACACGUUCGUUCAAGGCUAUGACACGUCACAAACCCAUUAUACAGAUCCAGAAAUCCUGCUAGGCCCUUCAGAACAAAAUCUCCCACGACACAGCAGCUUCACGCUCACUGCUCUUCUACUCUGCACAUGCCUUUCUUUCAUCCAAAUAUGUUCAAAGUAACACAGGUGGCAAACCACUGAAGGUCUACUUUGGGUACCUCAUUGGAUAUUCAUACUCACACUUACAUCCGAAGACCCUUCAAACAGCUUCGUGUUUGACUUAGACAGGGGAUCUCCUCCUCAUAUCCUGUUGACAAUGACACAAGGAUGUGUUAGACCAGUCUCACCUGGCCCAGUCUCUGUUGUGAUGAUGCAUUGUAGGGUGGUCGCCCCUAGACACUGAUCUUGGGUCAGUUUUCAAUUUUCCACAAUAAUGGUUAGGAUUGGGGGAGGGAAAGCUGAUCACAGAUCUGUACCAAGGGGAAACUUCCCCCCCCCAUAGCUUGAGAUGCACUUGUGACAACAGGUGUGUAGCAGGUGUUACAGUAAUGGCAGUCCACUAACCAUUUUGAGGGCCAGGAGUUUAUCUUCGUCAUGGUAAGGAAAAACUAUUUUCCCUAAAUACUGGACCCAUUUAUCCAGCCACACGGUCAAUACAAAGGAUGGAUGUCCAUGGAAAGUAUUUUACUCCAGUAUUUCAUUUACAUUGUGAUGGAAGGAUCGUGCUCAGACAACACCUUGCCAAACAUACAUUUUACUCCUGCUCGUUGUACUUACACAACAUGUAACGCAACAUUGGUCAAGUAGAUGAACACCUAUAUGUCCUCAUUGGUAAUUCACAUGAACACUUUGUGAAUUAGUUAACAUGGCAACAUAUGGCUUCUAGAUUAUACUGACGGUUGUGUAUGCAUUGGUACAUCUUACCUUCUUGGUUUGCUGAGAGAAAGUUUAUCUUAGUCAUUGCCAGGAAAAACUAUGGGACUCAAUCAUCCAGGCACACGGUCAAUGCAACAUUUUGAAUGUUGUCCAUGGAAAGUGUUUUUACUCCACGUAAAGAAUGGGGCCUCUGAAUUUACUCAUCAAUACAUUUCCUCAACUAUAUGUUGGCUCUUUAUUUUUUUGAACAGAAAAAGUUCUGUAGAAAUGACAGUAUGUGAAUUAUUUGUUUUGACAAAAGUUCCACCAGCCACCUUCCACGCUGUCCGUAAUACAUUGUCUCGUUACAUCAUGUUGUCAAUUUUCCUAAUACACAACCUGUUGUCAGUAAAGGGAAGUGUUAAAGGCCCAGGGCAGUAAAACAUGAGAUUUCCCUGUGUUUGAUAUAUUUCCACACUAUGGGGUUGGAAUAAUACUGGGAAAUUGUGAAAAUUAGGAUUAUGCCCUUUUAGUUUAAGAGCUGUUUGAAAAGACCACCUGUAAUUUCAGCCUGUUUUGGUAGGAUGGAGUUUUGGCCUUCCAUGGAGACAUCACCAGGCAGUAACCUCUCUGCAAAUAACAGCAGCGUUUUCCCCUCCCCACUUAGACCAUUCAGACAGUCCAAGCAAAAUUCUUGCUUGAGAAAUUGCCCUUUGCUAAGAAGCUAUUUUGGUUUAUUUUUGACCAUUUUAAAUGUAAAUAUUCUCAGUAAGGUACUUCAUUGUACAAUUAUUUGAUAUUUAGAUAACAACAGCUAGGGUGAGGGUGUAAGUGUGUCACGUGGCACACAUACUUUGCCUGUGUUCUUAGCAACAUAUUGUACUGACAUUUAAAAAACUAACUUGCCAUUAUUUCAGUUUAGGUCAGUUUACAAUGAAGACAGGUGAUUUGGACAUGUAACCCUCAUUCAGGUGAACUGCAAUGGUCACUUAUUUAUGGCCUGGUAGAGAAACACAUCUCGCCUCUGGACCAAUCAAAGGCAAGCUUACAGGUCGAUGAAAUCUCUAACUUCGUAAUUAUAGAGACCUGUAUGAUGAACUUAAAAACCGCGUGUGGAAUGAUCUGCGCCACUCGGGAAACAACUCAUCGACUAAACUCACUGUUUUAGCACUUUAUUUUGGAUGAUUUUUUAUAGAGUAUUUUAUCUUUAUAGGUAGAACAAUGGAAACUACAUAUAAGUAUUUCCCCGUUAUUCUCCUAUGUCUGAGUAUUAACCUAUUCAGCUAUGCGUGGUAUUCACCUGUGGAUGUAUAUGACAAAGUGGUGGAGCUCGUGUCGCCAGGAGAGGAAUACCUGGAUGAAAUGUCAGUUCGCUCCGUUUUCAAACUGUUAGAGAAGCGUGUGCAGUGCCCUGGUGUGUCGUGUGAAAAGUGCCUCUCUGUGCAGUCAGUAGACCAGCUGGUGGGUAACUUUACCAGCACUGGUGGUCUCCUUCACAACGAGGGCUUCUUCAGAGUAGCGGCAGGAUGCCACCUCUACCUCAGCUCUCCCACCGAGGCCUGCUCUGCCGUGAGGGCAGGGAGGUGGGGGGAUGAGACGGACCAGCUCAUCCAGGAAAUCACAGGCCAUGACCACCACAGGCACAGGGAUGGGCAUGGACACGGAGACAUGGAGAGCAGUGGGAUAGAGACUCUGCUCCGAAACAUGGAGAAGCACUACAAGCCUGAUCAGCAGUACGACCAGCACUGUCUCACUGGUCAAGACAUCUUAGAGGAGAGCAGCGCGUCAACUAGUGAUGGUGACCCUCACAACACAGAUGUGGUGUUUGGAUACAUAGUUUACCAUGCUUUACGAGGUGACUGCCUGACAGCCAGAGCACUACCUGAAGAAGAGUAUUUUUUGGAUUUCAUACUCAACCGCUUCGGCUCUGACAACAUCACUAUUCAUGAGCUGGAAGGUAUUAUGAAGAGCUUGCAACUGGGUGGAAUCCACAAAGAGGAACACGAUCAUGAACAUGGAGAUCAAGAUGGACACAACAAUGACCAUGGUCAUGAUGAUCAUAGUCACCACAGUACCGCUAGCGGGGGUCGAGGUGCUCAGAGUGGUUGGGGGGGUCGAGGUGGAAGUGCAGCCUUCAGGCAGAGUCACGAGGAGGGGUACCACCAGAGGAACAUCAGCAGCUGGGAUCUGACAUGUUUCAGCCCAGAGGAACUGGUAAAAAUCCAUGGGCUGAAUGGAUCUAGCCUGUCCAGGUAUGAUGUGGCCCGGCUUAGCCCAGCCCUGGUCCAGCAGAUCCUCAGUGGGGCCUGCAACAGCACCUCUCCCCCCACUGGACCAUCAGACCAGCUCAGCACCAUAGAGAAGUAUGUGUAUGCCACCAUCGCCAAUCUUCUGAUCUGUCUGGCCGCUGUGGUUGGCGUUGUGGUGCUGCUGUGUACUUCCUGUAGUAGUGUCUUCCAGCUCAUCAUCCAGUUCUGUGUCAGUCUGGCCGUGGGCUCCCUCACUGGGGACGCCCUGUUGCACCUCCUGCCUAUGUUCCUAGGCCUCCAUGUUCACAGUGAAGGAACAGACCACAGCCACUCAGAGGAGGUUCCAGACUACAUCUAUAAGAUACUGGUGCUGAUGGCUGGAAUCUAUUGCUUCUAUCUCAUGGAGACUAUUUUCUCCAUCAUCACCACGCACCAUGCUCCACAUCACCAUGGGGUGGAGUCUGAGCCCCAUCACUGUGACCAUGGUAAAGUCGUGGAGAUGUACCUGCAGGACAAAAAGAACAAGCAGUCUGUAUCGCAGACAGACCUGGUUGAUAGCAAUGACACAGAAAAAGCCUUUCCAGAACAAAACCAACACUCAGGAGAACAGCGUCUACUACCCUACAUGGUUACCAUAGGGGACGGGAUACAUAACUUUGCCGAUGGCCUGGCUAUCGGAGCAGCCUUUUCUGUUUCCUGGAAGUCAGGUCUUGCCACGUCUCUGGCUGUGUUCUGUCAUGAGCUGCCUCACGAACUGGGUGACUUCGCUAUCCUGCUGCACAGCGGGGUGUCAGUGAAGAAGGCCUUGAUGCUGAACGUGGCCAGUGCCCUCACAUCCUUCAUCGGUCUCUACAUCGCCCUCACCAUCUCUACUGACCUGGCCACCAAGCAGUGGAUCGCUGCCAUCACCUCUGGUCUCUUCCUUUACGUGGGUCUGGCUGAUAUGCUCCCCACCAUGGUCCAUGUGGACAACCGUAGGCCCUGGCUCAUGUUCCUGCUGCAGAACGUAGGACUGCUGUCUGGCUGGGGCAUCCUGCUCCUCCUCUCUCUAUAUGAGGAUACAAUUGGCUUCUAGAGCCUCCCAUUCCUAACACUGUACAGUACAAUACAAUUACAAAUGACACUAUGUAGGCUAUGCUGUAUUUCAUCUGUUUUACUGUAUCUGUAACACGCUUGGUAUUUCUAUAUGAUACAACGUUUCCUGACAUUAAUUUUCUCGAUGUUAUACACAGUAUGAGCAUACAGGCUAGUUCUGGUGUAUCUUAUGCAUCUAACACAUAUACGUAUAAUCUGUUGGUCUUCUGUGUGGACACAUCCUGCCGUAGGUGCUAAUGUUACUAUUUGAAGGGAUAUCAUCUGAAUGUGAUUAGUUCAAACUGUAAAUUAUACAACCUAUAUUUAUAAUGGGACUCACAGGUCCUCAGGCUACUUCCUCUCUAAUUGUCACACCUUUUGUAUUAACCUCAUGUACAGUGUCUUCAGAAAGUAUUCACACCCCUUGACUUUUUCCACGUUUUUUUUUUGAGUUAACGCCUGAAUUGAAAAUGGAUUCAAAUGAGAUCUUGUGUCACUGGCUUAUAAAAUAAAUACCCCAUCGUGUCAAAGGGGAAUUGUGUUUUUAGAAAUGUUUACAAAUUAAUUAAAAAUUCAAAGCUGAAA